AUGCACGGUUUUGGGCUGCAGCUGCGUCCCACUGCGCCUUUGCGACAACUUAACAGCCCGCUUGAGUGCGCUUGAGUAUUGGUCGUACCUUUUCGAUGUCAUGCCGCUGCACAGGCUUUCUCUCGCCGUCGCAGCCACCUGCGCUGCCUCUCUUUCUCCCCAUUCGUACCCCAUGCGCUUUGUCCGUCUCAAUCUCGAUUCUGAUGACCGUCUGGUUCUUGCCCAAGGCACUUCCCACGGAUACGCAGUGCCCAAGGAGAUCAACGUCUGGUACAAGAUGUGAAUGAUCGUGUCAAGUACGUGAAGAUUGCAAGCAAGCCACG